CAGAAUCCCAUUCACGCCCACACUCUCACUUGACUCCCGAUAUACGCUACCAUUCUCACUCUCUCUAAAUCACAUUUUUCCAAACCACACACUCAUUAACAAUGGCGACUUCCCAGCUCGCAGUCAAAGGCUGGACAACAAGCAAAAUUUCUACUUCCGAAGAUCAAGGUCUGGAGGCGCUUCUGGCUUUCUUAGAGAGAAAGUCGAGUCGACAAAUCUUGUCCUACAAAUUGGCAGGCCGAUCCGUCCUACUUAUCACCAUCAACGAAGCCGACAAAUCUCGAUUUACCCAUCUCAAUGGCUUUUCUUUCGCUGGAGCAAACCUCGUCGUAGAAGACGCCCGACCUCUACGCAACGCACAACCAUCACAGCCAUUCCAAUCUCAAAACCAACCGUUCGGAGCUAGAAUAUCGCAGCCACCUCGUGGUCAGUUCCAAAAUGGGACUCCACAACCGCCAUCUGGUCCUCGUGGCCAAUUUACAUCUCAGAUAUCUCAGCCACCACGCGGGCCAAGCCGAAAUCUUCAAUCAUCUUCAGCCAACUCACGAGAUACACGCAGAGCAAACGACUCUGUGACAUCUGAGGCCGAAAACGUCAUCAUCACACUCAUACGCAACAGAUACAAUGCUGGAGACAAACACCUCAUCCUCAAUAUGCUCAACAGCGAUCCCGAACUGCUCAACGCUGGCCUGCUCGGCGAUCCCAACAAGCUCUACAAAGCCAUUUUUGUCCUUUGCGAAACGAAGAUAUGGGAAACGUUACCCAAGCGCAAAGAAGCGGUAUUGAGCGUCAGCCUUCGAGAUAACUCGAUAAAAUCAAUCUACGACACCCUACCUCUUGCGAAUGCAUUUCCUCAUAUCCACAAUCUCGACCUCGCCAACAACGCCCUAGAAGAUCUAGAGCCCUUGAAAUUCAGAAAGAACCAAUUCUCCAAUCUUGAACACAUUAUUCUUACCGGAAAUCCAGUCGCUGCCAAGCCAGACACCUUGAGCACAUUGCUCAAGUUGUACCCAAACCUCAAAUUUUACAACAAUGAACCUGUGCAGAACGCGGUUGCCGUUCAGCAACAACCACCCCUGCCGCUACAACAGCAAGCCUUCGGUGGUGGUGCAGUUCAGCCAGUUCAAGCCCAACCACAAGCAACCCCUGAACCCACUCGAGCACACCCAGAAUUCCCGCCUGGCUCGACAUUCGGACUUGCGACUCCAGACAAACCAGCAGAUGUCCUCUUGAAAGAGCAAAUGGGACUCCAAUUCAGCUUCGACACGAAGCUCAAGAUGCAAUGGGUGGAGAACUGCUUGUCAGCGAACAACUGGGACUACCAGACUGCAAUGGCGAAUUUCGCGCAAUUGAAAGCACAGGGGCAGAUCCCUGGCGAUGCGUAUAUUGAGGGAGUCUAGGAGGCCAUUUUGGGACUAGGUGACUUGGAUAUGGAGGACAUCAGUGGUGAGAUGUCAUAUUCUUCUGCUAUUGUUAUGGGGGAGGACGCAGAGGUCGAAAUGACCUGAUAUUGUUAUUGUAUUGGUAUCCCUCCUACUCGUUAUUGGAGGAGCAUCAUUAGCAUGGAGUUGGAAUGGGCAUCAUUAGCAUCAUUGUCGAUAUCAUUCCAUGGACUGGAAGCGCUCUACGGAGCCAAAUGUAACACAUUGAACUUAUGUAUAG